AUGGCUUUCCAUGUGGAAGGACUGAUUGCUAUCAUCGUGUUCUACCUUCUAAUAUUGCUGGUUGGAAUAUGGGCUGCCUGGAGAACCAAAAACAGUGGCAGCUCAGAAGAGCGCAGCGAGGCCAUCAUAGUUGGGGGCAGAGACAUUGGUCUGCUGGUGGGUGGAUUUACCAUGACAGCCACCUGGGUCGGAGGAGGUUACAUCAAUGGGACAGCUGAAGCAGUGUAUGUACCAGACUAUGGUCUAGCUUGGGCUCAGGCACCAAUUGGAUAUUCUCUUAGCCUGAUUUUAGGUGGUUUGUUCUUUGCAAAGCCUAUGCGUUCCAAAGGAUAUGUGACCAUGUUAGACCCGUUUCAGCAGAUCUAUGGAAAGCGCAUGGGUGGGCUCCUAUUUAUUCCUGCGCUAAUGGGAGAAAUGUUUUGGGCUGCAGCCAUUUUCUCUGCCUUAGGAGCCACCAUCAGCGUGAUCAUUAACGUCAAUGUGCAAGCUUCUGUCAUUGUUUCUGCUCUCAUUGCCACUCUGUACACACUGGUGGGUGGUCUCUACUCCGUGGCCUACACUGAUGUAGUUCAGCUUUUCUGCAUCUUCAUAGGCCUGUGGAUCAGUGUCCCCUUCGCCCUGUCACAUUCUGCAGUUGCCGACAUUGGGUACACUGCUCUUCACACCAAAUACCAAAAGCCUUGGCUGGGGACCAUUGAAUCAUUUGAAAUCUACACUUGGCUUGAUAGUUUUCUAUUGUUGAUGCUGGGUGGAAUCCCAUGGCAAGCCUACUUCCAGAGGGUCCUCUCUUCAUCCUCAGCUACCUAUGCUCAAGUGUUGUCAUUCCUGGCAGCUUUUGGCUGCCUGGUGAUGGCUCUACCAGCCAUACUCAUUGGGGCCAUCGGAGCAUCAACAGACUGGAACCAGACUACAUAUAGGCCUCUAGAUCCCAAGGACAACAAUGAAGCAGACAUGAUUUUACCAAUUGUUCUGAAGUACCUCUGCCCUGUGUACAUUUCUUUCUUUGGUCUCGGUGCAGUUUCUGCUGCCGUUAUGUCAUCAGCAGAUUCUUCUAUCUUGUCAGCAAGCUCCAUGUUUGCCCGGAACAUCUACCAGCUUUCAUUCAGACAGAAUGCAUCAGACAAGGAAAUCAUCUGGGUCAUGCGAAUCACAGUGUUUGUGUUUGGAGCUUCUGCGACAGCCAUGGCCUUGCUGACAAAGACUGUGUAUGGGCUCUGGUACCUCAGCUCAGACCUCGUUUACAUCAUCAUCUUCCCGCAGCUGCUCUGUGUGCUCUUCGUCAAGGGAACCAACACGUAUGGAGCCGUGGCAGGUUAUGUGUCUGGCCUUUUCUUGAGGAUAACUGGCGGGGAGCCAUAUCUGUACCUGCAGCCCUUGAUCUUUUAUCCUGGCUAUUACCCUGAUAAGAAUGGCAUAUAUAAUCAGAGAUUUCCAUUUAAAACCCUUUCUAUGGUUACCUCCUUCUUAUCCAACAUUUGCAUCUCCUAUCUAGCCAAAUACCUAUUUGAGAGUGGAACCUUGCCUCCCAAAUUAGAUGUAUUUGAUGCUGUGGUUGCAAGGCACAGUGAAGAAAAUAUGGAUAAGACAAUUCUGGUCAAAAACGAAAAUAUUAAGUUAGAUGAACUUGCACCUGUGAAGCCCCGACAGAGCAUAACUCUCAGCUCAACUUUUACCAAUAAGGAGGCCUUCCUCGACAUUGAUUCAAGCCCAGAAGGGUCUGGGACUGAAGAUAACUCCUAA